AUGGCAGAAAUUCUCGGCGUUAUCGCGAGCGGCAUCGCAGUUGCUCAAGUAGCGAGUGCAAUCGUUGAGAGUAUUCGGGAGAUAUAUUCUCUAACUUCGGAAAUAAAGGACGCACCCAAGAAAUUGGGCGAUUUGUUAGUAGAGAUUGAAUUUCUUGGAGAAAUACUGGUGACUAUGGUGAUCAGAGUCACACAGGAAUCACAGGUCAAUCCAGCACAUUUCAAGAUUUUGAAGCAUUGUGAAACAGCAAUCGAUGCAACAGACGUUGAUCCAAUUGCCGAUGAUGAUUCUGAAAUCGACGUCGACUCAAAGAUUGUUCCAAGAGCUUGGAUAAGAAUGAGAGCCUGGCGAGAGCAUAAUAGUUCGCAGCUUGCCACUUACGCGCAGACCUAUGUCGAUGGUUGCUUGCUCAAGGAGUUCAGGGCAAUGAACGUGACGCUCGGCACGGAUGAGACAAUUGUCAAUUACAUGAUGGAAAUAAGUACUAUAUUUUCAGAGUCUCGACGUUUGAAGGACGGCUUUCCUAGAUGCCCAGAUGCCCUGUAUCGUUUGUUAUCCUUACUAACUGAUAAUCUACAUGAUCGUCGAGACAUCCACACAUGUACCGCAACUAUUUCGUUCAUUUCUGCCCUUCUAGAAAUGAGAGUGGAUGUCCAUCGCAAAGACAAAUUUUUUGGGUCACCAUUGUCAUGGGUAAUCCAAUCGGAUGUUUAUAACGACCGAUCCUACUCGACUGUUAUGGAGAAUUUGCCUUCACUGAUCAUGACAUGGUUUGGAUUCUUAAGGAAAUUUGACUACGAUCUACAAGACUACAUCCUUCAAGAAUGGGAAUAUUACCAGCGUUGUAUAAUUGACCCGCUUGGGCGUUGGGGUUUCUGGUAUAUGCAUAUUUUUCAUGCCCGCAACACCGAAAAUAUUUCUUGCAAAUUCGAGUGUCAUAAAGGCUCUUUGAUGCGUCGAAUGUUAACUUGUAAUUGUCAUUUCUUCUGGGAUAUUAGGUGUCCUCAUGAGCCUUCUUUCGGUAAGUAUAAUGCUGAGACUGGUAAAAUGGAUUCGUGUGAACAUUUAGAAGAAGAGAGCAAUGGCGGAUGUGAGGAUAGUUGUGAGGAUGAUGAUAAUAAUGACGGGGAAGGACAGAAAGACAAAGAUGUCCAAGAAGGUAACUCCGAGAGCCAAUGCGAGAGUGAUUAUUACUGCUGUGAACACUGUGGAAGAGGCUAUUAG